UUGUUCUUUCUUUUGUAUAAACAAAGCAGAGCGUCGAAAUAUAACUGCAUUUUAUUGAUCGAAACAUGGGCAUUGGGUGGCGUUAAGAAGCCCUGUUUGGAGGUGGAGGAGUAAGAUUGCGUGUUUUGCCGCGUAAAUCUGUGAGGCUAUUCAAACGCGCUGAAGCGCUCCAGCCGGUCUGACGUUUGUCAACAACGGCGCAAGUUCAUUAACUCUUCAGGAGCUGUAUUCUGUGGCUCAGUGUCGCGCUUUACUUACUCUAAACACAACUGACUUUUUUGUUAGAUAAGCUGUGUCUACUUUGGGCUGGAAACAAGCCGGUUAUAAAGCAUGGCGGAUUUCCUUGAAGACCCGUCCGUUCUCACAAAGGACAAGCUUAAGAGCGAACUGCUUGCGAACCAUGUUCCUCUUCCCACCGGAGAGCACAGGAAGGACGUCUAUGUCCAGCUUUACCUCAAACACCUGACCGCACUGAACAAGAAACACUCUCCGGCUGAUACUUUCUCUAGCGACGACGAAAUAACACCCGUGAUCUCUAACAGAAGUAGAUCAGGAAAGAAAGCUACAAAAAAGACCGAUAAGAUUCGGAAGGAGGAGGUGGAAGUGACCAGUCUGACCGACAGCGACUUGAAGGAUCAGCUGCUGAAGUAUGGCAUCAAUACCGGUCCUAUAGUCGGCUCAACUCGUAAACUUUAUGAGAAGAGACUUCAAAAGCUGUUGGAUCAGACUUCUUCAGAGACUACAUCACCUGAACCUGAGACCGCAGUUCCAGAGUCAGUACCUGUGAAGGCAGACGGCAGUCAGAAUGGCAAAACGCACACGGUGGAGGAUCAGUACAGCGACAAGGAAGAAGAUGUUGAGCCAGAGCCAGUUCCUGUAGCACCAAAACCUGUGAGGAGCCGAGGAAAAACACCAGUGACCACCAGGACAAGCAGCCGGCACAGUACUAAGCAGGUAGAGGAGACAACAGCAGCUGACGAGCAGUCAUUUACUCUGGACAGAAGUGAUAUUUUAAAAGAUAUCUUCCCUAAUGAACCUGCAACACCCACAGGCAUAAGUGCUACCUGCCGGCGACCUAUUCAUGGGGCAGCUGGGCGUCCAGCAAGGCCGCUUGACCUUUGGCCAGAGGAGUCUCUCUUACAGCAGCGUGUGUUCACAACCACCAAGUCCUCACUCUCGCACAUUCACAGCCCUGCAUCUCAUGCACCAUCAUUCUCACCUCAAUCUGAGCUUCGUCCACGCCGUCGCUCCUUCUCCAUCUGGCUCAAACUGCUGGUGUUCCUCAUGCUGGCUGCCUCACUUUACUAUGUCUUUCAGAAUGUGAGCAAUGAGCAGAUCGACUCCUGCCUGCUCUUUUUACAGGACAGGGUGAUCACGCCCUUCCUGACUGCGAUUGGUGUUAUUAGCCAGGAGGAGAAAUCUGGGAGCGAGUGAAUGCAUCUUCUCCCAGUGUUUGCAUGAGCUGUCUCUUCUUCGACUUGAGGCACAUCCCCAUCUGAUAGAUUGAAGGAUCAACAUAUUGGCAGGGUUUGUGCUUAUAAUUAUUGCAAUCCAACUUCUCAGUCAUGUCCAAUUGUGUGUUUUAAUUAGUCUUUAAACUGUGUGUACUGUGUUUUCACUUUGCCUUUUUUUACUGUUUUGUAGCAGAUUAUCAGGACAGGAAGAAAUAGUGAUAUUUUUUUUAGCCUUGUAUCAUGAAACAAUUGCCACUGUGUUUGCCUGUAGUGCAUUUAGACAAACUCCAUGACAAAACAUUUGUUUUAGAUAACAACAAAAUGUUUUUAUUUUUAUUUACAGGGCAUUAGUAUAUGUUAAAUCACAGGCAUUUAAACUCAUCACGAUGUGAGUUUAAAAUACUGGGGCAUGCUAAAAAAGUACUAUUUUGUGUGCUGUGGAUUUUUAGUAAAGGUUACUGUAUGUACAUAUUUUUGCUGUGCUGGUUACCUUUGUUAUCAGGAUAGCAAAGAAUAUCGUUGGUAAUUGUAUCUUUAUGUUUCUGUCUGUUUGUAUAGUAGCAUGGAAAUGUGCCCAAACUACUAGACUACCUGGUCAGUCAUGCAGUUUGCUUUUAGUGCCACUUGUGCUGGUCCUUCAUCAAACCCUAGUUCAAAUUUCUACACGCUCUGCCGUCCUCUCAGGCUAUAGGUGUGACUCUUAUUCACUUAAGAAUGACUGGUUUUGUGUUGGUUGACGACUUAUUUACGUACGUGAUCUAUAUGUAAUGUGAAAGUAUACUCGUCAGAUAUCCCAAGUCGUCAUAACACAAACUUUAUCCACCCUCAGAAGGUCACAUCUGUGUCUGACAAGCAUGAAGUCGUGUAGAACCUUUUAGCUGAAAUAAAUACAUUUACCAUAAACUUUUUUUUUUUUGUAUUUUACUACAUGGAUUUUGAAAACGUCUCUGCUUUUUAACUGCAAUAUUUUUCUAAUGUUUUUGUUGUUGUUUUUCUUCUAAAAAAAAAAAAAACUUUUUAAAAGACAAGUAAACAUAGUACUUUGGAAUGGUAUGUGCCAGUGAGUUGACGCAAACAUGUAAGUUUAAACCUGCUGUCUGAAAGGCAGAAUGUGUUUUUAAAAAUGGAAAUAAAUAAAUUUUGCACUUUGUCACAGGGCAGCUAAUAGGAUCUGACGGUUAACUGUAAUCUUUCAUUCUGGAUAAUCUGAGUGUCUAUCUUUUGGUUAAAUACACAAUUGUGCAAAAUAAAAAAAAUAUAUAUAUAAUAAAAGACAACUGAA